AACGAAAAAAAAUAUAUAAAUACCCAAGGGGAAGGAGCGAGAAGGAUGGGGAGGACACCCGGUGUGUGGCAGCUCUCUGCCAACCCACUUACUCGCGGGGGGGAAAAAAAAAAGCCUAACGAGGAGGGCGGUGGGAGAAAGAGCACGGCAAUAGUCGCGAUAUCGCUCCGUGCCCCAGGCGCGAGGUGCUCUGUUGCGACAGCUUCGUUCUUAUGGGAGAAGGGGGACAACGUGCGGAUGGAGGGGAGGGCAGCUCCGCGCCGGGCCCCUUCCUCCUUCCUGCGGCAGCCAGUGUCUCCGGACGAUGGACAGGCCGCCCGCCCCGCCGCCCCCCAGUGACCCCCGCGAUGCCCGCCCCCCCCGGCGGCACGACUCGGAAGCGGAGACCACGAGCGAGUCGGAGAGCAGCCGUGGGGGCAUGGAGGCGCCGGCCGACCCCCAGCUGCUGCUCAAUGGGGCGUCCAAAGAGGCGGGCCGGCCCUCCCCCGGGCCCCCCGCAGCCCCCGUGCCCGUCAUCGAGCUGGUGCGUCGGGGGGGCUCCCUGGACAUAAAAAGCCGGGAGGCGGCGGGGGAGGCGAUGCAGAGAGGGCCGGGCGCCGAGCCGUGCCGCCCCGCCGAGGCCGCCUGCGAGGCCCGCAUGGUGCAGCUGAGCCCCCCCGCGCUCCCGCUGCAGCCCCCCGGCCGGGCCAUGCUCUACAACCUGGGCCAGCCGCUGGCCGCCAUCAACAGCGGGUUUUUCGGCGAACCGGACUCUUUCUCCAUGUACGGCAGCAACCGGGUGAAGAGGAGACCCUCACCUUACGAGAUGGAGAUCACCGACGGUCCUCAUACAAAAGUGGUUCGUCGCAUUUUUACCAACAGCAGGGAAAGGUGGAGACAGCAGAAUGUCAACGGAGCCUUUGCAGAGCUUCGCAAGCUCAUCCCCACCCACCCACCCGACAAAAAACUGAGCAAGAAUGAGAUUUUGCGCCUGGCUAUGAAAUACAUCAACUUCCUGGCCAAGCUGCUCAACGACCAAGAGGAAGAAGGAAACCAAAGGGGCAAAGUGAACAAAGACUCUGGGAUAGUCCAGGAAGACCUCCUGCAGGACAUGUUGUCUCCUAACUCUAGCUGUGGAAGUUCUUUAGAUGGAGCAGCAAGCCCGGACAGCUUCACGGAGGAGCACGAAACACUAGACUCGAAGCACACGCGGAGCCUGCACCACGCCAUUCUGCCUGUAGAAGGCAGCGCUCAGCGGUGAUAACCUCCCGGGUGGCUCCCGAAGCACCAAGGGGGAAGGAGGGACCCGAGUGUGCUGAUGCUGGAACUUGUGCCUGUGGGAUUUCUGGCUCUGCCUUUCCCUGCGGGCUCAGGCUCCCUGUUCUCCCCAGCCCGGGAUGGAGCGGAGGGCGCGUUGGCCAAGGACGAGGCCAAACCUGGUGGACAUUCGGUAUUUAGGUACGUGAUCGUACAAAGAAGAAAAGCAUUGAAGUCAUCUUCGUUGUACAUACUGCUCGUGAUGUGACUCUGCGGAGGGACAGGAGACAUGGCCAGCACCUCUCCAGCAUUUAGAGGGUUUUCAGACCAUCUGACGACUGUCAUGUUGCCCGGCCGAGACAUGAAACUUCUCUUUCACUGCUGGUGGAGCCACCCAGGCUUUCCAGCUCCAUUUGGAUCUGGAAACUGCUGAAACCUGCCAGUGCUGCAGCAUUUCUCCAGCCUGUGGCAUACAUACAGCUGGUCUGAGCAGGAGCUGGGACCAGGUGCUCCUGUUGUCUGAGAGCUUUUCACUAUCUUUUUAAAGAGGUGAAAAAAAACCACAAACAACCCUCAGCAAAAGAACUAUUAAAAGGAUUAAGACUUUUCCUUUUCCUCUCCUUUUUUUUUUAGUUUUUUUUUCCCCCCUUCCUCUUUCUUCCUUUCCCUUAGACCUAACUUUGGAUCAUUUGGGGUUGUUGUAUUUAUGACGUGGGAUUACUUCUGUUUAACGCUGUCAUGCAGUAUCCACUGAAUGAAAAGGUACAUAGUUGUUUUCUGCUGCCCUCCUAGUCCCAAUUUUUCUGCUAGGAAUGUUCAGUGGGAGAGCUCCAAGUCUGUUUUGUUCUCCUGGAGUUUUCCCAGCAGUGUCUGUAGGGCCAGAGCUUCUCUCAAGGAAGAUGGAAUUCAGAAUUGGGAAGGGGGGGAAAAAAUUUGCUAGGGAAGCAUCCCCUUGGACAAGGGGUCUUUACAUUCAAUAAGCAACAAAAAGGCAAAAAGAAUCAACGAUGCAUCAACAGUGUGUGUGUGUAUAUAGGGUUAUAAAAGGGUUUUAAUGGUAUGCUUUGAAACUUCUUAUUUUCUUGUGUGAAAAUGGUGGUGGUUCAGCUGCACCAAUGCCUGCAGGGUGGACUCCAGCGCUGGAUUUAAUCCGAUGCCAGGAGGGUCCUCACCUGCCUGAGGCUGGUAGGAGGCUACAGCCUCUCCGCAUCUUGUGGGGAAGUGCUAAAAGCCGUGGUGGGAUUAGCCUCCAUUCCAGAGUGCUUGGAUUGGUGCAAAAUUGAUGGCUGUGACUUGAACCAGUCCUCCUAUCCCUGCUGCACCCCAGGAGGGUGUUUGGGAAGCAGAGCUGGGGAGCAGGAGGCUGCUGCUGCUGCUGCAGUGGCUGGGAGCUCAGGACCACAUCACACCAUCACCGCUGUAUCAGGCCCACCUCUCACCCACUGCCUGAUACCUGGUGGAGUGACUGCUCCAAGCCCAUCCUCCCCUCUGCAGAGAUGUCAAGGCACAGAAUCCUCCACCAUGCUACAGGAAAGAAAAAAAAACAAACCAACCUCCCACAUACAUCUUUUGGAAGGGAAGUGUCCUCAGAGCGAGGACACCUUCCACUGCACUCAUCCCUUUUCAAAGGUGCUGAGGUACAAGGAAACACAGAGCAUUUGGGCAAGUGUCUGCAAGCCCAUUUGGGCUUAAUUCAGGGUCCCAUCAUUUCCAUCCUUACUUGGUUUUAAUGCCUCUUUGUAAAUAAUAGGUGGGAGGCUGGUGCGCGGGUUGCCACAUUAGGUGGAAUUAGUUGUCUGGGAAGGGGAUCAUGCCCAUGGAAGGGUUUCUGUCAUAGAUCCCAAAUUCUCUGAAACCACCAACCUCCCCCAUCUCAAAUUGGGCAAAGGGAGGAAAGCUCUUUCCCUGUGUUUGGACAGCUUGUGCAUGGGGGCUUUUAUUAAAGGGGGUUUUCUGCAGGGCUGGGCCAGGGGAGAGGUGCUGGGUGAUGGUGGGGUGAUGCUGAGGAAGAAGUUUGGGCUGCUCCUGGUGCCAGGGGUAGGAGAGGCAGGCAGGGGGGAGGUCCUCUGGGAAGGGAGGAGGAGGUCCUCUGGGAAGGGAGGGGGAUGCUGUCACACAGGUAAAGCUGUUCUUGGUUUUCAGCAUUCAAAAUAGCCCCGGGGUGGGGUGAGUGGGGGUUUUGCACCCUUUUUCUAAAACUAUUGCAAGAAAAAAAUCACCGACGCUCAGAAAUUCCUCAUUCCCCACAAUUUUAUUUUUCUCCUUUUUGAACUUGCCAGUAGUUGAAGAGUUGGGAAAAAUGGUACAACCUUGGUGGCAGCCCCCCCGACACCCCCACGCACACGCGUGCCUGCUCCUAGCCUGUAGCAGAGCACGCUGUAGGUCUCCUGGGGUAUGUACAGUUGUACUUUAAUUGUGAUUUGAAUGGUACAUUUCCUCUGCCCACCUCUCCUGCCUGCUUCAUCUCUCGCUGUGUGGACCAUCGCCCCCCGUUUCUGUUGGAAACAGCACUUUGGGGCCGUGUCGUACCGUGUGAGUGAAUUCCCAACCUGGGAUUUUUUGGGUUUUUCAGCCCCGUCCCUUUCUCUACCACCCUCCCCUUGGAUUUCUGCAUUUUUUCUGCAGAAACGAAGUAACCAGACCUGGUACCCUGAGUCUCAACCCACUGUGGACGUGCUAUUUAGAAAACACAUUUGUUGUAAUGUGUGUGUAUAUAUAAAUAUAUAUAUAUAAUGAAUAUAUCGAGAAUAUUUCUAAAUAAAGUUUUACAAAGCA